AUGGCCGACGUUACAGAGCAACCCACGAUUGCCGCAGAGGUCCCUAUCGUUGAAGCACCUACUGUGGUGGUCCCCGUCGCUGUCGCAAACCCGGAGGAGCUCAAGCAGGAUGCGCCCGCUCAGCAGGACACUCCCGCCACCGCUGGCGGCGAAGAGUCGGAAGAGGAUACCAACUCCAAGAAGGUUACCCUUGCGGAUCUGACGGCGAAGGGAACUGCGCUGUAUGCGAAGAAGCAAUACGACGAGGCCGCCGAGAACUUCACGAAAGCUGCAGAGCUGCAGGAUGAGAUCAACGGCGAAAUGCAGCCUCAGAAUGCAGAGAUUCUGUUCCUCUACGGAAGGUGUGUUUUCAAGAUUGGACAAAGCAAGAGCGACGUCUUGGGAGGAAAGGCCGCUGGCGAGAAGAAGGCCGAGAAGCCGAAACCCAAGGCCAAGAAGGCCGCCCCCGCCGCGCCGACCGAUGCGCCUGCACAGACCGAGGCCGAGAGAAUAACCGAGGAGGGCGUUGCGAUUGUCGCCAAUGAGACCUCUGGUGCGAAGACCGAAGAGACGAAGCCGCUGUUCCAGUUCACUGGCGAUGAAAACUUUGAUGAUUCAGACGAGGAAGAGGCCGAGGGUGAGGGUGAGGAGGAAGAAGAGGAAGACGAUGACCUCGAGACCGCAUUCGGUGUACUGGACAUGGCGCGCGUUCUCUUCUAUCGCCAACUUGAGCAAUUGGAGAAGGAGGAGCCCAAUGGCAAGCCCCAAGAGCAGGUCGACGGCGAGACGAGCAAGAUCAAGCAUGUCAAGGAGCGCCUUGCAGAUACCCACGACCUCCUCGCAGAGAUUUCCCUGGAGAACGAGAGGCAAGCGAUUGAGGACUCGCGCAAGUCGUUGAAGUUCAAGAAGGAUUUGUACACCAACGACUCUGAAGUCAUUGCUGAGGCACACUUCAAGCUGUCCCUGGCCCUCGAGUUCGCAUCCGUCACAUCCACCAAGGAGGAGGGCGCCACGGAGUCGCAGGCUUUUGAUGAGAAGCUUCGUGAAGAGGCAGCCAACGAGCUCGAGGCCGCCAUCGAGAGCACCAAGUUGAAGCUCCAGAACAAGGAAGUCGAGUUGGCCACCAUGGCGUCGCCUGAGGACAAUGAAGUCACCAGAGCAACCAUCACUGAUGUUAAGGACAUGAUUGCGGACCUGGAGCAACGGCUUACGGAGCUUCGCAAGCCUCCCAUCGACAUGAACGCCGCUCUCGCCGACCAAGCCAUGGGAGGUAUCCUUGGUGCCGCUCUUGGUGAGUCUGCCGAGCAGACCCAGGCUCGCAUCGAGGAAGCCAAGAAGUCAGCCAACGAUCUCACUGGUCUGGUCAGAAAGAAGGCCAAGGAGGAGCCAAAGCCCGCCGAGGUGCCAGAGGUGCCGGAGGUGCCAAAGGUAGCUGAGCCAGCUGAGCCCCAGGCCAAUGGCGAGAACGGCGCCAAGCGUAAGGCCGAGGAACCCGCAGAGGACGAGGACUCUGCAAAGAAGGCCAAGGUCGAGGAGACGGUGACUGCUGAGGUUUGA